UACAUUAAAAUAAUUAAUAUUAAGUUUGUUAUUUUAGUAUUUUUUAUAGAUGAGUUACCACCAUACAUUAUACAUGCAUGUACUUAUUAAAUUUUCGAAGCUUGCCGAGGUAUCACUUGGACCACCAGACAACCAAUCCCAUUAAUAUAAAUCAACUGUCUUCUAUACUCAAAUCAACUUUCUCACAAAACCCAUUUUCUAAAUUCUCUCUACACAAAUUCCAUGGCUAAUUCCAAUGACAACAACAAUGAGGUUGUCAAUGAAACUUCUUGGUACAAAAUCUAUAAGGACGGUCGAGUUGAACGUUUAUACGACACACUUGGUUUAGAAUACGUGCCCCCAUCACUUGAAGAUCCUGCCACUGGUGUCUCAUCCAAAGAUGUUACAAUUUCACCACAUGUUUCUGCUAGACUCUACCUUCCCAAAAAAAACAUCACUUCAUCCCAAAAACUUCCCAUUUUAGUGUAUUAUCACGGAGGUGCACUAGUUCUUGGAUCUGCUUUCUUUAACAUGUACCACAAUUACCUCAACGUUUUGGUUUCUGAAUCAAACGCAAUCGCAGUUUCAAUAGAGUAUCGAUUAGCCCCUGAGCAUGACGUGCAGAAAAUUUACGAAGAUUCUUGGACCGCACUUCAAUGGGUCGCAUCACACGCUAGUGAAAAAUUCACUAGCGCUAAUGAAGACCCGUGGCUAAAAAAUUACGGAGAUUUUAGCCGAUUGUCUAUAUGUGGAGACAGUGCUGGUGGCAACAUAGUUUAUCAUAUGGUCAUGAAAGCUGGAAAAGAAGGUGGUAUUAAUACAAUUGUUACCAUUAAUGGUUCGAUUUUAGUUUGUCCUUACUUGCUAGUCCCACUUGAGAACAUUGAACAAGGUCUAUCGUACAAGAAUUGGACUAUUAUUAGUUCACCAACAGAAGCUGGUCUACAUAGUCCAAUGAUUAAUCCACUUGCUGAGAAGGCUCCUUGUUUGUCUCAAUUGGGUUGUUCUAGGAUGUUGUUGUGUUUUGCAGAGAAAGAUGAGCAUUUACCAAAAGAAAUUGGGGUUCAAUUUGCUGAGGGCGUGAAGAAAAGUGGAUGGAAAGGAGAUUUGGAGUUCAUUGUAGUUGAAGAUGAAGAUCAUUGCUUUCAAUUGGUUAAUCCUGAAAUGGAGAAAUCUCGAGAUUUGAUUAAGCGUUUUGCUUCUUUCAUCCAGCAUAAGUAAUGAGAUUGUACACUACUAUAGUAUAUAACAACCUUGCAAUUGUUUUUUUUGUUGUUGUUGUUUCAAUAAUUCUCUUAUCUUGAUUUCUAUUAUAAUGAAAUGUCAUUUUUGUCAA